ACAAUCCAUCAUAAUCUGUCGUUGAUCAAUUUUUAAGUUAGAACAGUUUCGUUUGUCGUUACUCCUCCGUCUACAGAGCGGGAAAGCAAAACCCCUUUCUGAAAACAUCAUGCAUGGCGCCACUGGUUCACAGCUCUUAACCAUGGAUCGAAAAAUAUCGGCCAAGGCAAGUGAAAGAUUUGGCGCAGCAGGACGAGGUGGUCGGAGUCCUCACCAACACCUUCGAGACCUCAAAUGGUCCUCACAUGCUCUUCUAUGGUCCUCCGGGCACCGGAAAACCCACCACCGCUCUCGCCAUCACCCACCAGCUUUUUGCAUUUGCCUCCUGCCCGCUUAAUUAUUUAUUUGAAAUUCCAAAGAGUGUGUAUUUAUGUGCUUUCAGCUCUUUAAAACUUAUUUUCCCAAAUUGCAUUGUUUUUUUAGGGAUGACAUGAUUCUCGAAAUUCUUCAAAUAGGUAGAGUGAUUGCGAUACUCUUUCGGGUUUACUAGAUUUAGUUGAUACUUGGAUGGACCAUGACCACUCUAGAGAUCAAAGUCUUCAAAAGGGUUGAGUAAUUGUGAUUUCAUUGGGGCAGACUAGAUUUAGCUGGUACUAGGAUGGACUAUGAUCACUCUAGAUGUGGAUUCAUGGUUUUUUAUUUCUUUUCGGGUAGUUAAACUGAAUGAUGAUAUUUGGAAUCGUGAACUAUACGAAUAACAGGACUAUGUUUCACAUUUUUACUUGGAGUUCAAAUUCUGUGUUUGGUUUUAUUUAUUAGCCUUAAUUGGAUUAUUAGUCCCCGUGGUGAUCUGGUAGUUGGAAGAUAACCCCUGUGGUAAAAAAAUUAGGAUGUAGGCUCUUGUGGUGAAGUCUGUUAGAAUUUAGGCCCAAAAUUGAAAAUUUCGUUAACUCUCCAUUAAUUGUUAGCUCAUAAAGGCUCACAUGUAAGACUAAAAAUAUAAAGUUAGCCUCACAUGUAGCCCCACAUGCUAACGAUUAAUGGAGAGUUCCGUUUUAGCCUAAUAUGUGUGGUUCACGUGAUAAUAAUUAAUGGAGAGUUGAUGGAAUUUUCAAUUUUGGGUCUAAAUCCUAACAGAUUUCACCACAGGGGCUAAAAUCCUAGUUUUGUUUUACCACUGGGGCUAUCUUCCAACUACCCUAUCACCAUUGGGACUAAUAAUUGAAUUAGGCCUAUUUAUUAUAAACAUUACUAUGUAAUUUUCAUUGUUUUUAACCACAAUCAUUUUGCGGACCUGAACUCUACAAGUCUAGAGUGUGAGACCUCAAUGCAAGUGAUGAUCGUGGAUCCAUGUUGUUUGGACCAAGAUCAAAGAUUUUGUUGCUGUUGCUGUGGUUGCUAAAUUACUAAUCAACGUCCAGGGGGUUACCCGUGUCCACCAUUUAAGAUCAUUAUCCUUGAUGAGGCCGUUCAUUGCCUAAGAAGUAUUAGGAAUGCCCUUGUCACUUACCUUCUGCUAUGCAGAAUGCCCUAAGACGUACAAUGGAAACUCAAUCCGAAGUCACCCGAUUUUUUUAUAUGCAAUUAUAUCAGCAGGCGCACCUUCCCAACUUUUUUAUUUAUUUAAUUAGGCAAUAUGCAAUUCCUUUUUAUAUGGUUAUUUCACUUAUAUAUUUGGUAAUCCAGUUUCUUCCUUUAUUUUGUAUUUGGGGUGAGGUUGAUAAAAUACAGUUGGUUUGUUUUGGAAGGGUUUAGAAUCCUUGAUCAUUUUCACUCUCGCAUGAACUGCAAGAGUAUCGUGAGACGUCUGAGCGAACAUGAAAUUUUUAGGAACUGUUUCUGUAAAAUAAUAAGAAUUCAUUUCAAUUGUCUUUAGGUUCUGUCAUUAAAUUACAUGAAUGAUGGAGCCACUUGCUUUGAGAUGUGCAAAGUUCAGGUUUAAGCCACUUUCAGAAGAUAUCAUGAUCAGCCGCAUAUUGCAUAUUGUCCAAGAAGAAGGCCUCAACCUGGAUCCAGAGGUUCUGUCAACACUAAGCUCUACCUCACAAGGUGAUCUUCGUCGGGCUCUUACCUUCUUGCAGGUAGUCCCGAAGGAAGUUGUUGGUGCAUUUUUCUCUGCGUGCCAGGGUGAUAACUUUGACUUGGCAAAAAAGGAAGUCAACAAUGUAAUUGCAGAGGGAUAUCCAGUCUCAAAUGCUUUCACAGAUGACAUAUUAGAUGAACAGAAGGCGAGAAUAUGCAAGAAAUUGGGCGAACCAGAUAAGUGUCUUGUCGAUGGCUCUGACGAGUACUUGCAGCUGUUUGACGUGGCCAGCAGUACGAUGCGAGCUGUUUGUAACGUGCAGGAAGAUUUCUUUCAGGAAUGCUGAGCUAGUACUCAGGUUACUUUCAGAACCCAAAUGCAGAUUGAUCUGUAUGCUGUUAGAGAUCUUGCAGAACCAAAGACGUUUAAAUUCCGAAAAAAAAAAAAAAAUCACUAUUUUGUGAGAUAGACGUAGAACAACCACUUGCUAAUAGUUAUUUUCUGUUUAACACGCCAUAGCUAAUUAAUUGGAAUUAGCAGAUUGAUCUGUAUGAUUAUGAUUUCUAAAAGAAACAUGAUUGAGCCU